AUGACUCAGAGAAAUGGAACCGGAGGGAAGAGCGAUCACCUCCUUCACCCGGAGGCCGACGGUGCGUGUGCGAAGGCCAAAGGCCCGGAGGACGAGAAGGUCCAGGAGGCCUGGUACUGUGAGUCCGAGGCGGGGGGGCUCGGAGGAGAGCGCAGGCCCUCUGUGGCUGUGACGGGGGAGGUCAUAGCUCCAGAUGGCGGCUGGGGCUGGGUGGUGCUGGUUGCCACCAUCAUGGUCCUGGCUCUGACCUUGGGCUUCCCCACCUGUGUGGGGCUCUUCUACACUGACCUGCAGAAUGAUUUCCACGCCACCAACAGCGAGACGUCCUGGGUGCCCUCCAUCAUGACGUCAGUGCUUCACGCAGGAGGUCCCUUCUGUAGCGUACUGGUGGACAGACUGGGAUGCCGAGCCACCGUCAUGCUGGGCGGAGUCCUGAGUGGGCUCGGGAUCGCCGCCAGCUCGUUCACCCAGUCCAUCGGCGAGCUCUACCUCACAGCCGGGGUCAUCACAGGACUUGGUUUCUGCUUCAGCUUCCAACCAGCUGUGACCAUCCUGGGACACUACUUCGUGCGCCGUCGUGCGUUUGCCAACGCCAUGUCCUCCACGGGCACGGCCCUGGGCAUGUGCACUCUGCCCCUCCUGGGGAACUACCUCCACUCGGAGCUGGGCUGGAGAGGAAGCUUCCUGGUGCUGGGGGCCGUCCUGCUGAACUGCUGCGUGUGCGGAGCGGUGAUGAGGCCCCUGCAGCCGCCCACGCGCCAAGGCCCCCCCCUGAUGAGCCAGGGACCCCCUCCAACAGAGGAGGACAAUGUGAAGAAGGAGACUGGGUGGAUCAGGACAAUAUGGACCUACCUGCUGGCUUCCGUGAACAAACACAUGGCAUUCGGUCAGUUAUGCAACAACCCGCGUUACCGUGCGUACACCAUCGGCAUCACCUGGAUGAUGCUGGGGUUCGUGGUGCCACUGGUGUAUCUGGUUCCCUACGCCACAGCAAACAACAUAGAGCCGAGCCGCGCCGCGCUGCUGCUCACCAUCAUGGGCGUGGUCAACAUCGUGGUGCGCCCGCCCUUUGGCGUCGUGGUCAACAUGCCCUGGUUCAAAGGGCGCCACAUUUAUGUGUUCGCCUCGGCUCUGCUGGUCAACGGGCUCAGUAACAGUAUCUGCUGCAUCGGGCCCAGCUUCACUGUGCUGCUGUGGUACGUGGUCGUCUACGGCCUGUCCAUGAGCGUGGUGGGCUCCCUCAUGUUCACCGUGCUCAUGGACACCGUGGAGAUGAGCUGCUUCCCCUCGGCCCUCGGCCUGCUCGCCAUCAUGGAGAGCGUCACGCUGCUCAUCGGGCCGCCACUGGCAGGAAUCCUGAUUGACAGAACCGGCGAGUACUACCACGUCUUCUUCACCUGCAGUGCCGUGGUUUCCUCGGCCGCCGUGUUCCUCAUGGUGUCGUUCUACUGGCUGGACAAGAAGGAGAGGAACGAGCCGAAGCCCAGUCAGCCGGCCCCCCCGCCCGACCCCCCGAGGCCGGCCGGCGACGUAGCUCCUCGCUGUCAGUACAGCAGCGUGCCCACAGAGGGCUGACGGGGCCGAGUGAGCCGCCGGCGUCCGAACCUGCCCCCCCCCCCCACCGGGGGCGUCACACUCCGGCUCCGACAGGUUCGCAAACAGCUCCUGAUGUUUGGCAGAUGGUGCAAUGUUUACUCUCCGCGGUUGAAAGGCUGCGCUGCCGAGCCCCGGCCGGCUGAUACGCCAUAAAAGUAAAGAUAAAUACUAGGACCUGUUUGACCAAGGUUUGAUCCUGCAUACCAAAAUGAACAGAUGUGCACCUACAGCCACAAUGUGAUGGUUCUGCUAAUUGUAAAAUGCUGCUGCUCUCAUCCACACGAUCACACAACAACUGUCACAGAGGAGGAGUCCGACUUCAUCAAGCCUGAAGAAAUCCUGUCUCCAGAUGUUUUCAAUCGGUGUUUAGCAUGUGACCUGAGGAUUCAACAAUUUUAUUGUGAUAUUCAACAUCUGGUCCUAUAUUAAAAAAAAGGUUAAGUGGUGAAAUCAAGGUGGUGAAAAUACAAAGGAAUCAAUUAUUAAGGAAAAGGCUGGUUUUAUUAUUUUGUGUUUUUCUUAUUGUCAAAAUGUCCCCAAACAGCACAUUGGUUAGUUGCCCUCUACAGUUCAUGUCACACAGUACAGUCUCAGAUCCAAGUAGUACUGCAAAGAACUAAACUACAUAGCACUAAACUACAUAGUACAAAACUACAUAGUACUAAACAACGUGACCCCCGUGGAUCAGUCACUUCUCAGAACAUCUGGACGUCGUCCAACAGGAAAUCUCAAAAACGUCUUGAGGGAAUUUUUUCAAAUUUCUUAGAAACAUUUGAUUCAACUAAACGAUCAACUGACCAGAUUUUUGAGGUUGAAGAUCAAAUGUCAAGGUCACAGUGACCUCAUGUGAAUCUGGAAUUUAAUUUGAUAUGAGACAAACUGCUUGUUCUUGAGAACAUGAUGUAUCAAGAACACGUUUCCUUAAGAACGCAUCAAGAGAAUUGUUUCAAAUUUGGCACAAAUUUUCAUAUAGAAUUAUUAAUCCAUUAGAUUCCUGUGGUCAAAGGUCACAGUGACCUCACCUACUUACGGGAGCAAGUGCUUUUGAUUGGGACUAUUUUUAGCAGCGGAUUAAUACACAUUUGGCUCGAUGGGGGAUAUGGGGACAUAGGACUGUGUGUGUGUUUGUGUGUGUGCGUGUGUGUGUGCGUGUGUGUGUGUGCGUGUGUGUCUUUCUAGUGAUUAAAGAAAAUGUCACCCAGUGCAACCUUGUGAAUUAUUUAGUUUCAGUACGACCGUGUGUCACUGGCUCAGAGGAAUAUUGAUGCACAGACACACUGUGUUUAUUAGAAGGAUCUUUGACAAUAAUAAAAAUCAGAAUGUAAAAUAAGACUUAUUUUUAAAUGUCAGCAGCUGAAGGACUGUUAGAGUCAGAGUUGAUCCAGGUAUGAAAAGGAGAGUUGCUUGUUAUCCUGGUCUUGUUCCACAUCUUCUUACAGCUUUAUUAAUGAAAUGUCCUCGUGGAGACAUUAAACAGCCUAAUGGAUAUUACACCAUGUGAAAGAGUUGCUUCAGAUCAGUGAAGGUUCUUCGUCAAGGUUCUGUUGGUCGUUCGCUGUCACGUGGAAAAUGAAUGUAUGCACAGUUCAAGUAAAAGAUUCAUGUUUCUUCUUUCUCCUGCUUUGCAUUCCUUCAAUGGAACAGUGCCUUUUCACAGAAGCUCAUAUCUUUAAAAGAUCCUCGACAGCCACAGGAUGAUACCCGACGCUUUCUGGAUCAGAGGCGGAUGAUUUCACACUUUGAAACAUUUCAGGAGAGAUUUAUCUGAAGGGCACUGAGCAGCGUACAAACGGACAUGUUCUCUGACACUGGGUUCACCUUCCGUUCCAAUCACAUUUCUCUUUUGAUGAAUGAACCGUGAGACGAUCACUGCGCCUGUUGACGUUUGAACAAAGCUGAUUUAUGUGAAAUAUACACUUCAGGUAUUAACUGUAUCCCAGAAUUCAAACUGUAACUAGAGAAUCUAGUAGACGUAUUUAGAGCUUGUCUUGCUUAUGGCCAAAUUAUGCCUUUAUUAUAAAUUCUUUAUUUAUAUAUAAUGAUCACGGGAAAAAAAUAAAUGUUUGAAUAUCAAA